UGCUAGAGCACGCAGGGCGGACUUCUCUACCAUCAGCUGACCCAACACUUUCUCCCCGAACUCCAUCCAGCAGGAGCGGGACACCCUCAGUGGAAUAUACCACCGGAAUUUGUUCAGUUUUAUAUCUUUUUUGGCGUGUGUUUGAUCGGUAUGGAUUGCGGGGAUGCCUCGAAGCAGAGCCGGCGUUUUUGCGUGUUGUCCUGGGAUCAGGUGCAGCGUUUGGAUUCCAUCCUGGGGGAAGCUGUGCCCAUCCACGGCAGGGGAAACUUCCCCACGCUGUCCAUGAGACCCCGACAGAUUGUCCAGGUGGUGCGGGCCCGGCUGGAGGACAAGGGAGUGUGCGUUAAAGACGUCAGGCUAAACGGCUCGGCUGCCAGUCACGUACUCCACCAGGACACCGGGCUGGGCUACAAGGACCUAGAUCUGAUCUUCGGCGUGUCGCUGAAGGACGACCAGGCGUUCCGUCUGGUCAAGGAUGUGGUGUUGGACUGCCUCUUCGACUUCCUUCCCCCAGGAGUCUCCAAGGAUCGUAUCACAGCGCUGACCCUAAAAGAGGCCUACGUUCAGAAACUGGUGAAAGUCUGCAACGACACCGACCGCUGGAGCCUCAUCUCGUUGUCCAACAACACGGGCAAAAACGUGGAGCUAAAAUUUGUGGACUCUCUCAGACGGCAGUUUGAGUUUAGCGUGGACUCCUUCCAGAUUUGCCUCGACUCUCUUCUCCUAUUCGACCGGUGCUCCGAGACGCCCAUGUCGGAAAGCUUUCAUCCCACAGUGGUCGGCGAGAGCGUGUACGGUGACUUCCAGGAGGCAAUGGAUCAUUUGUGUCAGAGGACUAUAGCCACGAGAAGCCCAGAAGAGAUCCGAGGGGGUGGGUUGUUGAAGUACUGCCACUUACUCGUACGAGGCUUCCGAGCGGCCUCCGAGUCGGACAUGAAGCAGAUGCAGCGCUACAUGUGCUCGCGCUUCUUCAUUGACUUCUCUGACAUUGGCGAGCAGCAGCGCAAACUGGAGGCUUACCUCCAAAACCACUUUGCUGGCAUGGAGCACAAACGCUACGAGUGCCUGAUGACGCUGCACCAGGUGGUGAACGAGAGCACCGUGUGUUUGAUGGGUCACGAGAGGCGCCAGACUCUCAGCCUCAUCUCCAUGCUGGCACUGAGGGUGCUGGCCGAGCAGAACGCCAUCCCCACAGUAACCAACGUCACGUGUUACUACCAGCCAGCACCCUACGUCCAGGACAUUAACUUCAGCAAUUACUACAUCGCACAUGUACAGGCACCACACGUGUCGCCGUGCGCCACUUCCUAUCAGACAUGGCUGCCUUGUAGCUGAGACCGAUGUGCCCAAAGAUGGAUUGCUUCAGUAUCUUUAUACAGAAAGAGGACUGGAUACACAGACCAAAAAUGAGUUUGCCAAAUGUGACUUUAUUAAACAAAGACAACAACAAAAAAAUCCUGUUCUGCUGUAUGUACGAUUGAGCCGACACACAACAUUCGUGAGAUUGCUGGUCAUUUUUUAAACGAUUUAGCGAUAACUCCUUCACGAAAACAGUCUUUCACUAAGCUUUUUAUAGGAAUACAAUCUUUAGGAGACAAACGUUAAAGCUUUUGUGAUUUUCAUACUGUGGCUUUUAAUUUUUUGUAAAAUACUGGACCAAAGAUGUAUUUUUGCUCAGAAAGGGAAUUAUUUUUCGUUCAGUUUAUGAUUCCAAGUGCCUAAAAUGACCUGUGAAAUGUUCUUGGAAUGUCUGUAACAUAUGAACUGUGCAUUCAGAUUUUUUUUUUCCUUCUCUAGAAUACUCUGUCUUAAAGAAGCAGAAGCAUUCAUUUUUGUGAGAUUAAAACAAGGAGAAGUCA